AUGUCAGAGCCCUCUGGGGCUGACAUCAAAACUUUUAAAACAAUCUACUCAAAACGUUCAAAGAAAAAGCUGCGAAACCAUUCAAAUGUGCCGGUAGAACACUCUGUGAACAUUCUCUCUAAAACAGUGAAAACCACAAAAUUUAAAGCUCUGAGUAAGUUAAACACAUUAACCUCCACUAACUUGGGAAUCAGCAAAGAGCUAGAGGCAGAAACCUCCUCGAAAAAAUUUUUUCCCAAAAAAGUUUGGAGAAAAUACUUAAAGAAAGUAGCUGGCACAGGCGCAGACAACCAAACACCUACACAUAGUGUAGAGGUCGAAGUCGCCGUCAAGGUCGAAAUCCAUCAAAAGCCAACCGCGGUAGAGAGAGAAAACGUUUGUAGAAACACAAACGAAAGUCAGGAGAAAAUUAAUAAAAUCAUUGAAAUCCAGGACAAAGAGGAUGAAACAGGUGAACAAUACUACAGCUCCGUGGACAGCGAGGAAGGUUCAAUCAAAGAUGUGAGUAUGGAGAAGGAUACUGAUGAAUUGCAACAAAAAAGUGUGGAGAAUACUGAUGACCCAAACAGGGACAUCGACAAUGCCAACUCAAAUGAAAACGACAAUGAGGGCAUACAACAGGACACACGACCGAGCACGAAGGAAACAGCACAGUCAAUUUCUAAUCGGGAUGGAAAAGAGGACCACGAGAGAGUACUAAAAAAUAUCAGGGAAGAGAAAAUAGCGCACCAUACAUAUACAAGCAGAGAUGAUAAAUCACAUGCAUUUGUGAUUAGAAGGCUUGCUGAUGGGACCAUAUCCCAAAAUAUAGAGGAAGAUUAAAGUAAGAUCCAUAUAUCAAAUGACAACCAAAAGUAGACCUUUAUUCCUAGUGGUGACAGACCCGUCAUUGACACUGGAUUAUUUGAACGAAAAUGUGCGUAGAGUCCUAUACACAAGGAUAGUAUGGGAAUUGAGAAAAUCCGGCCGUCAAAUAAUCCAGUGCCAUAAUUGCCAACAGUGGGGGCAUUUAACCUCGAACUGCGGGACCAGCGAGAUGUGUAAAAUGCGCGGGUGAACGUCAUACCCGUACAUGCCUUAAAACUAGAUAAACCCCCGUAAUAUGCGCAAACUGCAAUGUUGAUCACCCAGCGAACUAUUCUAAAUGUAAAUUUUACAUUGGGAGGCUAGAUAGAUUCGAAGAACGAAGAAUAAAGCAACAACCUAAAAGAUACGUACAAGCACCACCACCGGCCACAAAUUACUGGGAAAGGAGGCAAUCGAGACAACCCCUGUCAAAUAAGGACGAUUUUCCAGCACUAUAAAGCAGGAAUAAUAGAAAUAACCCACCCCAUGAUAGUCAACAGAGCGGUGCACCUCAAACAGGAACCAUGAACGAUGUUUUAGAUUUAAACGAAGAAUUCACGGAACUAAAUAGACUAAUCAACUUAGG